AACAGGACACGUGGACUCACUCAUACGAGAAGUGUGCCUUACUUUGACCGUAUAUGGUCAAACUGGAAUUCCACUACUGCCGUGGUGCAAUCUGAUUGGUCAGUGUGUCCAACGUACGACAGCUGUGUUGACGAGCCAGGACCUUGUGCCAUGGCAACCACCCUCUUCCUCAAGAUUAUUCAGAUAACAACUGCUGUAGAACACAAUACUUGAUCCUCCCGAUACCUGAGAAGCCAGGAAAGUGUUUGCCGAAGUCCAUUUGUUGAAGUGGACCAGUUAUAGGUCGGUGCAUAACAACUAACCAACCACCCCAGUUCUAAAGGCUGGGCCUCUGGUGUCCUAUUCCAGUGAAUGGAUGGGUGGGCAGGAAUAUUAUUGCUUCUUGACUUAGCCCAUUAUUCAGAACUACACAUUGUUUCAACGAGGUCAAAGGUCAACUGCACCCAGGACAAACCGCGAACCCAUGACACUCCGCUCCCUAGGCAAGCUCACCAGCUUAUAUAUAGCAUUUCCA